AUGGAUCAAUUCAAGAGCUUCGCCAGCAGCUUCUCCGGAGGCAACAGCAACGAGAACAACAACGAGAACCCGCAAGCCGGCAAGAGCGGGGCCGAGGGCGGCGAGCAGAAUUCCUCAGGCGGCUUGCUCGGAGGCCUCGGGGGCAAGCUCAACACCGCCGCUGGAGGCGGGAGAGAAAGCGAGAAGAACGAAGACGGCCUCGACAAAGGUAAGCCUUGAUCGACGCAAGAGCCGUGAGACAGUAGUCACCUCUGAGUGAGCUAUGCAGCAAAAGCGGUGAAAGACUCCACGGGAGGGGGGAAAGCUAAGCUACGGACACGGGCUGACACUAGCUCUCUUCACUUAUUUAUCAGGCGUCGACUUCGUCCAAGAGAAAUUCCUCGGUCAGGGACCCCAAGACAACGAAUCCGCGGUCGAGCAAGCCAAAGACGAGCAGAUUUCGGAUUUCAUUCGGAAGCAGUACAAGUCUACCACGGGCAGUGACGUCCCGAUCAAGGACAAGCCGACUACCUUUGACAAGUCGACCGAUUAA